UGGGGACAGCCAAGUGAACCAGCACCAAUCCGUCCUGUGGAAUCACUUGCUCUUGAGGGUGCCCCGCUUACUGCUCAUAGAGGACAUCUGCAUCCACGCGAUCGAGCAAUCCAGCAAUCCAGCAAUCCAGCAAUCGAGCAAUCUAACAGUCGAGCAAGCACACACAAAUACACAACACCAGAUCAUCGGGUCGAUCCUCCACACAUACACCAUGCGCUUUGCACCGCUAAAGUACAUUGAGCGACUGGCCGAGGCCGGUCUCAAGAAAAAUCUUAUUCCCGAGAAGGAUCUGGGCUCGCGAACCCGCAACGGCUCUGGAGCCUUUGUUCCGCAACUGCUCAAGCUGCACAUCUAUUACGAUCAUCCGCGCAUGGGCUACGGCGGCGACUCCAAGGGCACCGUCGAGUUCAUCAAGACACGGCUCACAUCGCUGGCACAGAAAUACAAGUACGUCGAGUUUGCCGUCCAGCCCCGGGUCAGCAACCCGCCCGAGGUCGUGGCCGUCUACGCCAACGGCAUCGAGAAGCGCUUCCCGCUGAAGCGCUUCCCCGCCAGUGCCGUUUAUGAAAAGAUCUCGACGCUGCUGGGAACCUCGAGCCGCGGCCCCACCAAGAGCCGAUCAGGCCGCCCCGUCAUCAGCAACGAGGAUCCGGUCGUCCACAGCUGGAACCCGUUCGACUCGGAGCACCGAUUCAAGCCUUGAGGUGGCGGGCCUCGUGGAUCCACCUCCCACUUCCGCUGCGUCACUCUCCGACCUCCAUUUCUUCUCAGCUGGCGGAGGGGUGGGCAGAAUGGAUCGAGCUUGACUCGCCUUCCCUCCUUUUGCCCCCUCCGCCCCUCUCGCCCUCACCACCAUCCACAACUUGCAUUCCGCAUAUGUUGGCUUCAUCCGCCCCCCCCUCCUCUUUAUGCCCAUUACGAAGCCGGACGCCCUGUUUUGAGUCGGGGCUGUCGUUGUUUUCUGGGACCCAAAUACACACCCAUGACCAACGCA